GUUCGCCGUGUUAGUGAUGGGUAAGGCAAAAUGGAGCGAAAUGUGGAUAUGUUAGGGCGCGCGUCUGAUUUCCUUUCUCGACGUCAGCGAAUAUAAAGGAGCAAUACUUAUCAAUGCAACAUUGAACGCGAACACACGCGCAUUGUGACGUCGCUUCGUCGCAAACGCAAACGGUCCUACUGGUAUCCGUUGGUUAUACGCUACAGUCGGGACUACAGUCGACAAAAUCGAUAUACGUUCUUUUCGCCGCACGGCGUCGCAUUGGUACUCACCUCGGCUCCGCCAGGUUCUCGUUGCCAAAGUUCGUUAUGUCGGGCGAGCAUAAGACGGUAAUUAAGUGUCCUUCGGAAUAUGUUAAACUGAACGUCGGAGGUUCGCUCCAUUACACCACCAUAGGCACCUUGCAGAAACAUGACACCAUGCUACGUGCUAUGUUCAGCGGCCGCAUGGAAGUGCUCACUGAUUCCGAAGGCUGGAUAUUGAUUGAUCGGUGUGGCAAGCAUUUUGGGACAAUCUUAAACUUUUUGCGGGACGGUUCAGUUCCAUUACCAGACAAUUCGAGAGACAUGGCAGAGCUACUUACUGAGGCAAAAUACUAUUGCAUCAGCGAGCUGGUCGAAUCCUGUGAAAAUGCGCUCACAUUCAAAGAACGCGAAACAGAGCCUAUCUGCAGAGUCCCUCUUAUCACCUCUCAAAAAGAAGAGCAAUUACUCAUAAGCAGCACUACUAAGCCUGUGGUCAAGCUGCUCAUUAAUAGGCAUAAUAAUAAAUAUUCCUAUACAAGUACAUCAGAUGACAAUCUAUUAAAAAAUAUAGAGUUAUUCGACAAAAUGUCACUUAGAUUCAGUGGUAGAGUGUUAUUCAUCAAAGAUGUCAUUGGCUCAAGUGAGAUUUGCUGUUGGACAUUUUACGGACAUGGUCGUAAGGUGGCGGAAGUUUGCUGCCAUUCAAUCGUCUACACGACUGAUAAAAAGCAUACAAAGGUUGAAUUUCCCGAAGCUCGGAUAUACGAGGAAACAUUAAAUAUCUUGUUAUAUGAGCACCGGAAUGCGCCGGAUCAAGAUUUAAUGCAGGCAACGUCGUCUUCGCGCGCAGCGGUACCAUGUACAUCCGAUGAGGAGGAGGGCGAGCGUUCAGGUUUGGCCCGCCUUCGCUCCAACAAACAAAACCUCAACUGACCCAGUCUUGUCCUCAAUCCACCACAUACUGCGAUCCUCAGCGUCGUUCGCUCUUUCAAGACACGAAUCAAUAUAAAAUAAGACACGAGUUAUGAAGCGUAAACGUUAAUAAUACUUGGUUAUCGCCUAUCGACCAGAGUCUCUACCUUUUGUCUCUGCGCGUGGAACACGAGAAAAGCUAGAGUUAAUUUUGGUCGGGCAAUAGGCUAUCUCGAUACAUCACAACACCUUAUUUUUGCACAUAAUUACUCUGUUAAAUAUACCUGUAAGAAAUACGUCGCUCCUUUCAUCCCUCUAAUUAACAAAACGGAAUGACAAAUUUGUGUCUUUAAAAAUUU